AAACGACUCUUUGUCAAACAGACUUGAACCAUUUUCACACACCAGGUUUGGAUCUUUGCCUUUUAUGUCAUUGCAAUUAUAAGCAUAUUUCCUUUUCCUUUCAAGAAUUCAUCUACCGCCAAACUUUCCUCCACUCGGUUUCAGAAAAGUGACCAAAAGGGUAGAUCCCACCUGCAUGGGCUAGUAUACCCUACACGUUGCAAUCAGGGUUUCAUUGGAUUGUGAGAAAGAAGGGGGUGGUGCUGACUACGCCACUGAUAAUUGCCUCUUCUUUGUCAAAUAACCCAAUUAUUAUAAAAGAAAGGGUUGCUGGAGAGGAUGACAGAGUGACCUGGUCGGUGUGACUCCAAAAAGAAAGUGACUCAUCUUUGACAAAAGCUUCCAUAUCCCAUGCCUUCUUUAUGCUACUCAGCUCAUCAAAUCUCAGAUCUUCUUAGUUGUUGCUGAAGGACCGCCAAAAGCAAAAGCUAAACAAAGUUAUAUAUAUAUAAAAGCCAAAGAAUCUUCACUGUCAUAAUACAAAAAGCAACGUGUCAGCUUCACAAGCAAAAUCCAAAUGACUAUUUCUCCUUGAAGGUUAAGUUAAGCACCUUUAAAUCUCCUUAUCUUCCCACCAGUUAGCUCCUACUGCCCUCUCUUUCACAUUACAUGACAUAUUUCUAUGAACCCAGAAAAACCCUCUUCUUUUUUUCAUCCAAAAUAUAAUGUAACAUUGAAUUUUUUUUUUUUUGAAAAAGAAAAAAUCUUCUCAAGUUCUUUUGAUAGUUUCUUUGUUUUCUCAUGGCAACAACAACUCAGAAACUGGUCGUAGAAGUGAUUGAUGCACGUAAUCUAGUACCGAAAGACGGUCACGGGGCGUCGAGUCCUUACGUUGUGAUCGACUACUACGGGCAAAGGAAGAGGACGAGGACAGUUACGAGGGACAUAAACCCUACAUGGAACGAGGUUCUUCAGUUCAACGUGGAAAAACCCUCUGAUGUUUUCAAUGACAUGCUUGAACUCGACGUCUACCAUGAUAAGAAUCAUGGGCCAACCAGUAGGAAAAAUUUAUUGGGAAGAAUAAAGUUGAGUUCUGAACAGUUUGUUAAGAAAGGUGAAGAGGCUUUGAUUUAUUAUCCUUUGGAGAAGAAAUAUUUGCUUAGUUGGGUUCAAGGUGAGAUUGGUUUGAAGAUUUAUUAUGCUGAUGAAGUGGCGCCACCUCCGCCAGUGGCGACGCCGCCUGUGGAGGAGACGAAGGCGGAGGAGGUGAAGGCGGAGCCUCCGUCGGAUUCGGCAGCGGCCCCUGUGUCUUCUGACCAACAGCCAGCUACCGCUGAGGUGAAGCCUAAUGACUCGCCGGCAAGUUCAGUAGUGGGGGAUCCAGCGCCGGCGCCGAGUGAGCCGCCUGCGGAAGGUGAGAAAGCUAAGGAAGCUGCGCCAGCGGGAGAAGAAAAUGGUGCAGCUGAUGGUGAAAAGCCCGCAGAAGGAGCUGAUCAAGUGGAUCCAGAAGCAGAUUCACAAUCCGCACAACCUGAUCAUCCCGAUGAUGACAUUGUGCUUGAGCCCACGUCAGCAAAUUGGGCCCCAACCCCCCCACCGGAGAUCAUGGCAUCAACAUCUGGGUCCAUUCCGGAAAUUAAAGUUGCCCGAACCACCUCUGCUCCGCCGCCAAUCACACGGCCAGCAACCCCCACCAAUUAUGCUUCUUCGGUGGGCCCACCUGAUCACACCCCGAUCGAACAAUCCUCAUUUGAUCUCGUUGAAAAAAUGCAUUAUGUCUUCGUCAAAGUGGUGAAAGCCGGUUCCCUCCCCACCAAUGGCAACCCUGUCGUUAAGAUCGCCAUCUCCGGUUGCCGCGUCACAUCAAAGCCGGCUCGAAAAGCCAUGUAUUUUGAGUGGGACCAGACGUUCGCCUUCGCCCGCGACGCACCUGAAACGUCGUCUUUUCUAGAAGUUUCGGUUUGGGCCGAUGCGGGCGGCGCCAAUUUCUUGGGUGGAGUUUGCUUCGAUGCGACUGAGAUUCCUUUACGGGACCCACCGGACAGCCCGUUGGCUCCGCAAUGGUACAGGUUGGAAGGAGGUGGAGCCCAUAGAGGAGAUCUGAUGCUUGCCACCUGGAUCGGGACCCAAGCUGACGAGGCAUUUCCUGAUUCAUGGAAAUCGGACACUGCUGGCAACCCUAUCAAUUCCCGCGCCAAAAUUUAUCUCUCCCCUAAGCUUUGGUACCUUCGAGCUUCCGUCCUCGAAGCGCAAGACAUUUUGCCGUUAACGGCAUUAAAAGAAGGCUCGUUUCAAAUCAAAGUCCAAAUGGGAUUCCAAGUGCAGAAAACUAAAGUUUCCGUUUCCCGCAACGGCAAUCCGUCAUGGAAUGAAGAUCUCAUGUUCGUAGCCGCCGAGCCAUUUGGCGACCAUUUAAUAUUCUACCUUGAGUACCGGCAAUCAAAAGGACCGGUGACGUUGGGAGUCGUCGGAAUAUCGCUAACCGCUAUUGAACGUCGCGUCGAUGAUCGGAAAGUAAUAUCCCGAUGGUUCAAUCUCGAGGACCCCAAAAACGAGAAAAAAGGGUACAAAGGUAGAGUACAUUUGAGCCUUUGUUUUGACGGUGGAUAUCACGUGAUGGACGAGGCGGCGCACGUUUGCAGCGAUUAUCGACCGACAGCAAGACAAUUGUGGAAACCAGCGGUCGGGACACUUGAGCUUGGGAUCAUUGGCUGUAAGAAUUUGUUACCGAUGAAAACGAUAAACAGCAAAGGGUCCACAGAUGCAUACACCGUGGCCAAAUACGGGUCGAAAUGGGUCCGAACCCGUACAGUAUCGGAUUCUUUGGAUCCGAAAUGGAAUGAGCAGUACACGUGGAAGGUGUAUGAUCCAUGUACAGUGUUGACAAUUGGCGUAUUUGAUAGUUGGGGAGCGUUGGAUAUCGACGGGAGAAUAGAAGCCACGCGUCCUGAUUCCCGUAUGGGUAAAGUACGAAUACGUAUAUCAACGUUGGAGACGGGUAAGGUGUAUAAGAAUACGUAUCCAUUGGUGAUGUUGGGUAAUUGUGGAGUACAAAAAAUGGGUGAGCUAGAGGUGGCUGUAAGGUUUGUCCGUGCGGCUCCAACGUUAGAUUUCUUACACGUGUACUCUCAGCCUUUGUUACCGUUGAUGCACCAUAUCAAGCCUUUGGGAAUGGCCCAACAAGAGAUGUUGAGGAGCACAACUGUGAAACUCUUGGCCGCCCACUUGUCACGAUCGGAGCCCCCUCUCAGGAGUGACGUGGUACGUUACAUGCUUGAUGCGGAUUCACACACGUUUAGCAUGCGGAAAGUACGUGCGAAUUGGUCAAGGAUAGUCAAUGUGCUAUCGGGUUUAAUCGAUAUCGUAAGGUGGAUUGAGAAUACACGUGCGUGGAAGAAUCCAACGGCUACGAUACUUGUGCAUGCAUUGCUGGUGAUGCUUGUUUGGUUCCCUGAUUUGAUUGUCCCCACAUUAGCAUUUUAUGUGUUUGUGAUUGGAGUUUGGAACUAUAGGUUUAGAUCAAGGGACAAGCUACCCCACUUUUGCCCUAAGAUCUCAUUGGCGGACACCGUUGAUCGUGACGAACUUGAUGAAGAAUUCGACACAAUGCCGAGCACCCAAUCACCGGAAAUCAUACGUGUGAGGUACGACAAGUUACGUGCGGUUGGAGCACGUGUGCAAAACAUAUUGGGUGAUUUCGCCACGCAAGGCGAACGUGUACAAGCUUUGGUGACGUGGCGGGACCCUCGUGCCACGGGGAUUUUUGUAGGAUUAUGUUUCGUGGUGGCAUUCUUGUUGUACUUGGUGUCGCCGAAGAUGGUAGCAAUGGCAUUUGGAUUCUACUAUUUCCGGCACCCACUGUUCCGGGACCGGAUGCCAUCGCCGGCGAUGAACUUCUUCCGAAGGCUGCCAGCAUUGUCUGACAGGAUCAUGUAGGUUGAAGGGGAAGGGGGCAGUCUUUUUCUACGUCUAGUUAAGUGAAAGCACUUCGAUUAUAUUAUAUAGAUAUUAUAUAGGGAACUACUGUGUUUUCUUGUUACUUUUACGUGUAACUUGCAGAGUCUUUUUUGCUAAGCAAAAAGGAGGUAAUGAAUAAAUUUAUUAAUAAGUGAUAA